CCAAUACCCCAAUCUUCUUCUUCAUCUUUGCAGUGUGUUAAUUAGUAAAAUAUUAAGUUUAACGCGCGUUCCGUAAUUCCACUCACACAUACCAGCAGCAGUAGCAGCGGAUUAAACUUCGUCACCUAGCUAAAACAACAGAAAAAACACCUACAAAAAUGGCCGAUCAGCUGACAGAGGAACAGAUCGCCGAGUUCAAAGAGGCAUUCUCGCUAUUCGACAAAGACGGCGAUGGCACCAUCACAACAAAGGAGUUGGGAACGGUCAUGCGCUCCCUGGGCCAGAAUCCCACAGAGGCAGAGCUGCAGGACAUGAUAAACGAGGUCGAUGCCGACGGCAAUGGUACAAUUGACUUCCCAGAAUUCCUUACAAUGAUGGCACGCAAAAUGAAGGACACCGACAGCGAAGAGGAGAUCCGAGAAGCCUUCAGAGUGUUCGACAAGGACGGCAACGGCUUCAUCUCCGCGGCCGAGUUGCGCCACGUGAUGACAAAUCUGGGCGAGAAACUCACAGACGAGGAGGUCGAUGAGAUGAUCCGUGAGGCUGAUAUCGAUGGUGAUGGUCAGGUCAAUUACGAAGAAUUCGUGACUAUGAUGACAUCGAAGUGAAGCGUUAAAUUAUUUCUUUUUAAGCCUUUCUAUUUUUUUAAGAUGUUGACGAAGACUGUAGCUGAGCGCAAUAACAUCGCGCCACGCUGUUGCUAUGGACCCCAGUAAAAGAUCUUAAAAAAAAAAAAAACAAAAACAACAAAAAAACAACAACAAAGAGUUAAGCAAAAAACAACCAACAUAAAGAAGGAUAAGAUGAAAAAAAGAAAAAACAUUAAGAAAAUUAAAAACAAAUGAAACUUACACUUAAAAAACGCAAAAGCAAGAAAAUUUAAACAAGCAAGAAAUGAAAAAGAAACAGAUUCAGAGAAAAAGAAAAUUAAUUACAUUAUAAACUGAAAAAAAGGUUAAACAAACGAAACAACAUAAUUUUAAUGCAACAAAACAACAAGCAGCAUACUUAAUGAAGUCACCGUUUAAAACUACAACAACAACCAGCAGCCAUAAACAACAACAAAAAUCGCAUGUUAAAUCAAGUUUACUACCACUUCUACACUGAAAACAUAAACCCAAAGGAGAACAAAAAUGGCGAGCAGAAGGCGAAUCAAGCAAAAUAAUGGCGGCUGCAGCGGAAUAUCCUGAUCUAGCAUCUGGGCCCUCCAGCAGUGGCCAAUAGAGGGCGCUCCGUCUGGCUGGCAACGGCUGCAUUUUGUUUGACGAUUUUCAUUACCUAUGAUGAAAAUUGCUAGAAAACCCGAAUCUGUAAGCUAGUAAAUUGUGUUUAAAGUAUAACAAGAAAAUUUGUCGAUUUCGUUGCGAGAAUGAAUAAAAAUAAAAGCUAAAACAAAACAACAAAUAAAAAUACAAAUAAAACAAAAA